AUGUACACUGUAUUCAGUGUUGAAGCUGAAAAAUUUGACUGGAAAUAUCAGCUAACAUUACUGGUAAUCCUUGUUACGGUUGUUAUUGAAGUCGACUGCAGUAGUAACAGUAAAAAUUCUGUGCCAUUGGAUGUUGUAUUACAAGAUUUGGAUGAUACAACGGGCUGCAAUCGAACUGUGGCAAUGCCAAAUGUUCAUCGUCUAAUUGAUGGAACCCUUCAAACACGGAAUGAUUGGCCUAAUUUUUUAGAAGUAGCUAAAAUUUUAUCUGAUCAAACUGAUUUGAAUGUUACACUAAGAAAGAUAACAAAUUGGCGUGAUAAAGCUGUACUACUGUAUAAACCGAACUAUUUACCAAAUAUGUCUGAACCAAAAUUUUUUCUACAAUUAUACUGUACGACAAAUUCAACAACCUGGAUACCGGUGUUGGCAUUUCCAACAAAAAAGCCUGAUUUCUUUUUACUGUUGAAGCCAACACUGACAAAUUUAGAUGUCUGUGAUUAUAGUCAAUGUAAAGCUUCAAAGGUAAGUGCCUAUGUUGUUUCUAUAAUUUUGAUCAGCCUUAGUCAAAUAGUUGGUUAUUGGGCUGCAAUUGAUUUGUUCAUAGUUUAA